AACGAGUCGAUAUCCCCUCACAUGAAUUAAGAAAGGAGGCUUUAGCUUAUACCUUGCUGUGCUCAUCUGAUCUCUUCUCAUCAAAAAAGAGAGUAAUCAAACGCAACGUAUCUCCACACCCCCACACCCAACCCAACUUCAUUCAUUGAUAAAACAAAAAUUUUGAACUUGACGAUAUAAAAAAUCUGAAGCUCUAAAUUGUGAAUCUAUGACGAUUUAUUUGAAACAAAGAUUUGGCUAUUUUUUUCAUAACAGAUGGCUCGUGUUCGUUGCUGCAAUGUGGAUUCAAACUUGUGCGGGACUUGGAUACUUAUUCGGCAGUAUUUCUCCAGUAAUUAAAAUCUCUCUGAAUUACAAUCAGAAACAGAUUGCUCGAUUGGGCGUGGCUAAAGAUUUGGGUGAUAGUGUUGGAUUUUUAGCUGCUACUUUGUGUGAAAUUUUGCCUUUAUGGGCUGCACUUCUUGUGGGUGCUAUUCAGAAUUUUAUUGGAUAUGGUUGGCUUUGGCUUAUUGUUACUCGAAGAACUGAACCUUUGCCAUUAUGGGCUAUGUGUAUUCUUAUAUUUGUAGGAACAAAUGGUGAAACCUACUUCAACACAGCAGCUUUAGUCUCUUGUGUACAAAAUUUCCCGAAAAGUCGUGGUCCUGUGGUUGGGAUUCUUAAGGGAUUUGCUGGCUUAGGUGGUGCUAUUAUUACUCAGAUAUAUGCAGUAAUUAAUUCCCCGGAUCACGCUUCACUUAUUUUUGUGAUUGCCGUUGGACCAGCAAUGGUGAUUAUAGCUCUCAUGUUUAUAAUCAGGCCUGUUGGAGGCCAUAGACAAGUCAGGCCUUCUGAUGGUUUAAGUUUUUCGUUUGUUUACAGUAUAUGCCUCAUCUUAGCUUCUUACUUAUUGGGAGUUAUGGUUGUUGAAGACUUUGUCGAUGUUAGCCAAAAUGCUAUUAUUAUCCUCACAGCUAUUCUAUUUGUCAUCUUGAUUAUCCCUAUUGUGAUCCCUAUCUAUUUGAGUUUCACUCAAGAGCCAAGAGUAGUGCCAGAAGAAGAGGCACUUGUAUCUCAGUCAGGUGAUCAAGGUCCUGGCAGAUCAGAACACUACGAUGGUCAAGAAAUUAUAUUUAGUGAGGUUGAAGAAGAGAAACCAAAGGGAGUAGACUUGCUUCCUGCUUUAGAAAGGCAGAAAAGGAUCGCGCAGUUACAAGUGAGACUAGCACAAGCAGCUGCAGAAGGAGCUGUGAGGGUCAAAAGGAGACGAGGUCCUCGUAGGGGAGAGGACUUUACUUUAGUCCAGGCUUUAAUAAAAGCAGAUUUCUGGCUUAUGUUUUUCUCACUGCUUUUCGGUUCUGGAUCUGGUCUGACUGUCAUUGAUAACUUGGGACAGAUGAGCCAAUCUUUAGGAUAUGAAAACACACAUGUAUUUGUUUCCAUGAUCAGCAUAUGGAACUUCCUUGGCCGAAUUGGGGGUGGAUACUUUUCUGAGAUAAUCGUCAGGGAUAAUGCAUAUCCAAGGCAUGCAGCUAUGGCGGUUGCUCAAGUUGUGAUGGCCUUUGGUCAUUUUUUCUUUGCUAUGGGUUGGCCUGGAGCUAUGUAUAUUGGUACUCUUUUGGUUGGACUUGGUUAUGGAGCUCAUUGGGCGAUUGUGCCAGCUGCUGCUUCAGAAUUGUUUGGAUUAAAGAAUUUUGGGGCUUUGUACAAUUUCCUCACUAUUGCCAACCCAGCUGGUUCAUUAGUAUUCUCAGGUCUUAUUGCCAGUAGUAUAUAUGACAGGGAAGCUGAAAAGCAAGCUCAUCAGUCUCAGAUAGGACUAGGAAGUUUGAAUUUGGCAUCGGUUUUGACAAGUUUUUUAAACAUGGAUGAACCUCUCAAGUGUGAAGGUACCAUUUGCUUCUUCUUGACUUCCUUGAUAAUGUCAGGAAUCUGCAUUAUUGCAGCUGUUCUAAGCAUGAUUCUGGUGUACCGCACAAAAACUGUGUACGCUAAUCUGUAUGGAAGAUCUCCUACAUAAUGUAUCCUCGACGACGGAUAGAAAUAUAUGCAUCCUGAAAUAGGACAUCUUCUGUCAAUUCAUUGCGACACUGGAAAUCAUCUCCAGAAUAUUUCCAGGUGAGAGCAAACGUCGAAGAAGACAACAGCCUAGUUUUGCUGUUGCAAAAGCAUUCCUUGGUUGAGUAAAAUAAUAUUUGUAUGCAAGUCUUUCUGUAUAUUUCUAAUUUCUCAAUCUAAGUUGUUGAAUUUUGAUUGUCAA